AUGACCACUAACUUCAUCUUGGGUUUCGCGGCGGCGGCCGUUGUCCUGCAGAUCAUUCGCCUCGUGCUCGCCUCAUGGCAGCACUCUCGCAAGGCCAAGAGCCUGGGAUGUGGCAACUUGCCGCUGUAUCCUUCCAAGGAUCCCCUCGGUAUUGAUAAUCUGAAGCAGUCUAUUGCGGCAAACAAUAAAAACGUGUUGCCUCAGCUCGCCGAGAAGCGCGUCCAGAUUAUCAGCGACCAGGAAAACCGUUAUGUCGAGACUUUCAUCCUGCGUAAUCUCGGUCGCAAUAACAUCUUUACCGUCGAUCCCAAGAAUAUUCAGGCCAUUCUGGCUACCCAGUUCAAGGACUUUGAGCUCGGACAGGCUCGCCGUUCCAGUAUUCAUCCCUUGCUGGGGACCGGUAUCUUCACCGCUGAUGGCGAGGAAUGGGCGCGGUCUCGUGGAUUGCUGCGCCCGCAGUUUACUCGUGAGCAGAUCAGUCAGUUGGAUUUGGAGGAAGCCCAUGUGCAGAAGGCCAUGCAGGCUCUGCCCAUUACGGCCAACGGUUGGACCGCUGCAACGGAUAUCCAGUCUAUUUUCUUCCGUUUGACAAUCGACUCGGCAACACAAUUCUUGUUUGGUGAGAGUGUGGAAAGCCAGUUGGGUGCUAUCAAGGGCCUGCGACGCCCUGAGGAUUCGUUCGCCGCCUAUUUCGACAACUCCCAACGGGUCUGCGCUCAGCGCGCUCGUUUUGAGAAGCUGGGUUUCCUCGUUGACAACAAAGAGACUCGUCACUCGGAUAAGCAGGUUCACGAUUUCGUCGACAAGUUCGUCUACAAGGCUUUGCAGUCCGUGAACAGCGAAAAGCCUGCCGACGAGGAGAAAGCCAACUACGUCUUCCUGGAUGCCCUGGUGGCUGCAACCCGCGACCCGAUCGAGCUACGCUCGCAGCUGUUGAACAUCCUGCUGGCCGGUCGUGAUACCACCGCCUCACUGCUCAGCUGGACGACUCUGCUAUUGGCCCGCAACCCAGAGGUAUUCCGCAAGCUGCGCGAGACUAUCAUCUUCGAAUUCGGCACCUAUUCUUCGCCCCGCAACAUCUCGUUCGCUUCACUCAAGUCCUGCCAGUAUUUGCAGUACUGCAUGAACGAAUCUCUACGCCUAUACCCCGUGGUCCCUUUCAACCGCCGUAACGCCUCCCGCGACACGACCCUUCCACGUGGCGGUGGCGCGGACGGCCAGUCUCCCGUGUACAUCAAGAAAGGACAGUCCAUCCUCUAUAGUACCCACGUCAUGCACCGCCGUAAGGACUUCUGGGGCCCUGACGCCGACUCCUUCAAGCCGGAGCGCUGGGCCAGCCGCAAAGCCGGCUGGGAGUACAUUCCGUUCAAUGGAGGGCCGCGCAUCUGCAUUGGUCAGCAGUUCGCUCUCACCGAGGCUGGCUACGUUCUUGUGCGUCUGCUCCAACGCUUCGAUCAAAUGGAGGAUGUCAACCCGGAUCAGGAGACCCGCUGGGGCUUGACCUUGACCAGCGCUCCAGCGGAUCGGGUGACUGUCCGUAUGCACCAGGCCGAUGAGGUUUAA